AUGUCUUCGAACGACCCCCACCACGAGAACCAGGAUGAGUAUCUCCAGGCUGAUGACGCCGAGGAGAUCUUCGACCGUGAUGAGGACCAGGACAUGGAUGUGGAUGGAGAAUAUGACGACCAAAACAUGACCAUCGAGGAUGAGAUCACUUUCCAAAACGAUUCGGCGGCACACUUCGACUCUCACACAGACUCUGUGUUCUGUGUUGCUCAGCACCCCGUUCACAACCACAUUGUUAUCACUGGCUCCGGCGAUGACUCCGCAUACAUCUUUGAUUCCACUCCCGCGCCCCGCCCCGUUCUCCCAUCAAGCUUUGAGACCACUCCUCAGCCACGCGAGCGUGAAGCUCUCACUCCUCUGGCUAAGCUUGACGGCCACACUGAUACCGUCAAUGCUGUCACUUUCACUGAGCCCACUGGAGAAUAUGCUAUCACGGCUGGUCUGGAUGGCAAGCUGCGCGCUUACCGGGAUACCACCCCCCAGAAGACUGGACUCGCGUGGGAGUUCUUCGGUGAGGCCCAGGAAGUGGAGGAAAUCAACUGGAUGGCAGUUUGUCCUUACCAGAAGGGCAGCGAUGAAAAGAAGAAUGUUAUUGCCAUCGGUGCCAAUGACGGCAGUGCGUGGGUCUUCCGCAUUGAUCACACCGACGCCGCCAACCCCAUCUCCAUCAUUCAAACCUUCUUCUCGCACACCGAGUCCUGCACCGCAGGUGCCUGGACGCCCGAUGGAAACCUUCUCGCCACUGUCUCCGAGGACGGAAGCUUCUUCGUGUACGAUGUCUUCGGAGCCGCUGCCGCUGCCGGCAUUGAGUACUCCCCGGGUACCAAUGCCGUUCUUGGUCUGAACGCGGAGGAUCAGCGUUUCGCCGUCAUUGGUGGUCUUUACACCAUCGCCAUCUCUCCCAGUGGAGGUAUUGCCGCAGUCGGUGGUGCCGAAGGCAACAUCCGUGUUGUUGGUCUUCCUCGCAUUACUGCAUCUGGCCCAUCGGCCAAGGGCAAGGGCGCAGCCCCCAAGUCCGCCGGUGCCACUGCUGCAGGCACAAUCAUGGCCUCUCUGCAAACUCAGACUGACAACGUGGAGUCUCUGUCUUUCUCCCAGGCUCCCUUCACUCUUCUGGCUGCCAGCUCAGUUGAUGGAUCAAUUGUGAUGUACGAUGCUGCUCAUCGCUUCGCGGUCCGCAGACACAUCCAGGAGGCCCACGACGGAGCACCCGUUGUUAAGGUUGAGUUCCUUCCCAGUAACCGCCAGGCCGGUGCUCCGGUUUCCGGACCCCUUGCUUCCGCCUCUGCGGCUCAGAACAACCGUUCCUGGAUGCUUACGUCUGUUGGUCUCGACGGUGUCGUUCGACGCUGGGACGCUCGUGGUGGUACCACCGCCGCUGCUCAGGGAUUGAUGCAGGAGUGGAAGGGACACAUGGGCCUGACCGAGAACGAGGAUGGUGAACAAUCUGGCGGUAUCAUGGGCUUUGUGCAGAACUUCGACGGAAAGCGCAUUGUCACUGCUGGUGACGACGGCAUCUCCUUGGUGUUCGAGGAGUAA